AUGGUUCGGAUGAAUGUCUUGGCGGACGCCCUUAAGUCCAUCAACAACGCCGAGAAGAGAGGCAAACGACAAGUGCUUCUGAGGCCCUCCUCCAAAGUGAUCGUCAAAUUCCUUAAAGUGAUGAUGAAGCAUGGCUAUAUCGGCGAGUUUGAGAUCGUGGACGACCACAGAGGCGGCAAAAUUGUGGUCAAUCUGACGGGACGUCUCAACAAGUGUGGAGUCAUUAGCCCUCGAUUUGAUGUCAAACUGCGAGAGCGAUUAGCUAUCAUUGCAAAGAAUAUUAUUAUAAUACGAGUCCACAGAAUACAAACUCCUAUUCAAUCACAUGAAAGAUAUGGCUCUCAGCUCUCAGAAAGUGAUUUCUCAAACAAAUAA